GCCCCAUUGAUGUGUUAUUAUUGGGGGGGCUGGAGCAGUAAAAAAAGAAGAAGGAAAAAAAGAGCGGGGCUCGGCUGUGAGAGGUUGAGCGCGGGGCUGACGGGCAUCGGCGGCGAUGGAAGAACUUACGGCGUUCGUCUCCAAGUCUUUUGACCAGAAAGUGAAGGAGAAGAAAGAAGCGAUCACCUACCGGGAGGUGCUUGAGAGCGGGCCGCUGCGCGGGGCCAAGGAUCCGGCCGGAGGCGCGGAGCCGGGCCGCGACGACCGCAGCAGCCCGGCAGUCCGGGCGGCCGGCGGAGGCGGCGGCGCAGGAGGAGGCGGAGGCGGAGGAGGCGGAGGAGGUGCAGGAGGAGGAGGAGCGGGCGGAGGAGCUGGAGGAGGGCGCUCUCCCGUCCGGGAGCUGGACAUGGGCGCCGCCGAAAGGAGCAGGGAGCCGGGCAGCCCGAGGCUCACCGAGGUGUCCCCGGAGCUGAAGGAUCGCAAAGAGGAUGCGAAAGGGAUGGAGGACGAAGGCCAGACCAAAAUCAAGCAGAGACGAAGUCGAACCAAUUUCACCCUGGAACAACUCAAUGAGCUGGAGAGGCUUUUUGAUGAGACUCACUACCCGGACGCCUUCAUGCGUGAAGAACUGAGCCAACGACUGGGGCUGUCAGAGGCCCGAGUGCAGGUUUGGUUCCAAAAUCGAAGAGCUAAAUGUAGAAAACAAGAAAAUCAACUCCAUAAAGGAGUCCUUAUAGGGGCAGCCAGCCAGUUUGAAGCUUGUAGAGUUGCACCCUAUGUCAACGUAGGUGCUUUAAGGAUGCCAUUUCAGCAGGAUAGUCAUUGCAACGUGACGCCCUUGUCCUUUCAGGUUCAGGCGCAGCUGCAGCUGGACAGCGCCGUAGCGCACGCGCACCACCACCUGCACCCGCACCUGGCCGCGCACGCGCCCUACAUGAUGUUCCCGGCGCCGCCCUUCGGACUGCCGCUGGCCACGCUGGCCGCGGACUCGGCCUCCGCCGCCUCGGUGGUGGCUGCCGCUGCCGCUGCCAAGACUACCAGCAAGAACUCCAGCAUUGCGGAUCUCAGACUGAAAGCCAAAAAGCACGCGGCCGCCCUGGGUCUGUGACACCAGCGCCCACGUUGCGCCUCCAGCGCGCGUGCAGAAUGCGCGACCUCUGCGCCCCGCUGCUUCUUCGUCACCCCCUCUGCACCUGGGAGCCCAGCCUCUUUCCGCUUGGCUGAUCGCCCCUUGCCCGCUUCAGCAUCUCGGACUCCACUGGAACGCGGAGGGCAGGACUCUGCGCAAGACCUGCGAUGCCACAAGGCGCACCGACUUGGUGCUCCUGACCAUUCACCUUCUGAAGGGCCUGGGAUUCAGCUUUGUAGAGCCGGUUUGGGGAAGUUCCGGAGAGAGACUGUACAAGGGAGUACGGGAACGGCGGAGUGUGGCUAGUGGCAAAGCCGCAGCGAUGGACUCUUGCGCAGAAAUUAAAAUCCUGUUAAUAAAUUAAGAGGGGGAAAAAGCAGAAAGGACAAACAGAAAAAGAGAAAGGGAACUUAUUUCUUACUGCUAUUUGAAAGAGGCUGAAAUCGGAGAGAGAACCAAGGAACAAAAAAAUUUAAAAAUUAAAGUAUUUUAUACAUUAAAAAAUAUGGAAAAAUAACCUGGAUGCAUUUCGAGAGAAGAGGGGUUGGGGAGUUACCAACUUAAAGUGUAUGUCCCCCUCCCCCAAAAUGGGCUAAGAAAGCAAAACAGAAGGAAGAGGUAUACUUAUUUAAAGAGUUAAGAUUAAAAAAAAAAGUGCGGAGCUGGGAAAUUCACAGGUUUUGAAACUGACCUUUUUCUGCGAAGUUCACUUUAAUACGAGAAAUUUGAUAAGAGAGGCGGGCCUCCUUUUACGUUGAAUCAGAUGCUUUGAGUUUAAAACCACCACGAAUGGAAGAGCAAGAAGAGGGAAGAGAGUAUAAAAACAAGGAGAAAAAAAUGAUAAUACAAAAAUGAUACCACAGACUGAUUUCUCUGAGAAAUUAUUAUGGCAGAACUGUCCAGACUGCUGGCAGUAAAUUCCAGUUUGCAUGUUACUUGUAUUCCAUUGAUGGUGUCUCCCCCCUUCCCCUGCUUUACGCACCUGUACUUACUUCAUUUUCAUCUUCGGUAUGAAAACCAAUACCCAAAGCGUCUAAAAAUUGAUGUCUAUCUAUCUACAUAUAUAUUUUUGCCCCGUCUUUGAUCCUGGGGGACAAAAGAAAAAAGUCGGAAGGGAAAAACUUGACACUUCGGUUGUCCCAAGAAAACGGAGGCGGGCAGAAAAUGUGGGGAAAGGAAAAAUAAAACAAGAAGACUAAAUGAAAUAACGAAGGUACAACGCCUCACAAGGUGCCUGACACAUAGCAGUCGCUCAGUAAUGGUCCCCUCCCUCCCCCUUUUCUUGUCCACCCUCUCGCUGGUUACCUGAAGUCCUAUUUGAGGACCGUGCUUUACUUCCCCCUCUCUAUCCUGUCACACUCACCUUAAAGAACACCCAGCUAGACACAGGCACUAGGUUUGUGUAAAAUAUGUUGAUACACACGAACAAAGUUUAUUUUGGCUAUAAUGUGUGAACUAAUGGUUGACUUUCAACAUUUGCAUUUUAUCUCACAAAGGUGUAUAUUAAAGUAAUUUUUUUGUUUGCUUCAAUUCAUGUAGCUGUUUAAAAUGGGGUACUCUGGACUAAGCAAUCUGUAUCCCAAUUCUCUAGAAAGCCUCUUUAGUUUUUUUUUUCUUCUAAUUUACAAGAAAGAGGAAAAGCUCUUUUAACUGAACUUGGUUAUGCGGUUGAGCUUUGUAACUAUUUGUUCUCCAUGAAAACAAAUUAUUUAUA